UUUCAUCACUACCAAGCAGUGUUGGAAAACACCGCGCUACCCUCACUAAUUUCUGGACCCGUCUCGUGUAUUUUUGUUGCGGAUUUAUUGACUGAAAAUGCACCUGCUGCGGAGCCUGCGCCAGCUGAAUGGCCUCCAAGGAGUGCGCCAAGCCAUCCGGCAGGUGUCCUCGGCGCCCACCAAGCCCGCCGCCCUGCAGUACGAGCGGGAUCCACAGCCGCUCUUCACGGAUGCCGAAACCCAGCGGCUGCUCCAGUCCAUGACGCAACUGAACUUGGACAAGGUGUAUCGGAAGCGCACGGUGCCGGACAACAGCAGCGAAACGAAGUUCAUGAGCAACGAGCAGCUGGACAACGAGUUCCAGGACUUGGUGGUGCGGGCUCAGCACAUGCUGCAAAUGCCACCCAUUGUGCAGAUCAAAAAGGAUGUGGAGCGGGUGAUAGCCAAGGAUGCGGCGCUAAAGGACUUCGCCAACUCCAAGUUCGUAUUCACGGACAUCACCUUCGGCCGACGGCAGUCGGAACGCAAGGUAAUCGUCCGGGAUACGGACGGAACCUUGGCCUACGCCACUCUGGAUACCACGAAGCGCAUGAACCAGUUGUAUUUCCCGCUGGAGGGUCGCCAGUCAUACACUCCACGCAUGUUCGCGCUGGAGGAGCUGCUGGCCAAGUGCCUGGCGGAGCACAAGUACGAGUUCAUCCUGGAUCGCCUCUUGGUGCAGUACGAGCCACAUGAGCCGGAGUUCCACAACAUUUCAGCGCGUGUGUUCGAGCAUCUCAACGAGUCCAAGCAGUUCGAUCUUCUGCGCUCCACCCGCCACUUUGGACCCAUGGCCUUCUUCUACGCCUGGCACCGCUGCAUCGACGACCUUCUGUACGACAUGAUCCGUCGGGAUUAUCUGCACAAUGCCGUGGAGCUGAUUGCCCUGAGCUACAAGCUACACAACAUCCCAGUGGAGUAUCAGGCAGCACUGACCGAACUGGGCAAACUGCUUCCCACGCCGGCGGAAAGUGCUCUGACGGAGCUAAGGAGCGUCUUCCGACGACACGACGAUAAGCAUAACAUUGAGCAGGAAAUCCAUACGGCCAUUGGCAAGAAGGAGCCCGAUUUCGCCGCCGAUGAGAUCAGCCUGAAGUUCAUUGAGCAGUACAUCGCCAGUGAACAUGCGCUGAAGAAGGUGCAACUGGAGCUGGCGGUGCAAACGCUUAAGGAAGUUAACCGGGAGAAACUAAUGCUGUUCCAGGGACUGAAGAAGGCUCACGGCGUCCAGGCUUCGUAGGAUCUAUUCGUUUUAUUGUUAUCGAUUUCUAAAUACUAAUAAAUACCAGCUAGGUCAAGAUUUGUA